UAGCAUCCAUCCAGUACGCGCGAGAAGACACUGUGGACCAUCAAAUACAUAAGUGACAAAACUUUAAAGAUCCGAAGAGAUCGUUUUACGUCAUGGACGUAAGACUGCAUCUGAAGCAAAUUGCUUUGCUGUGUUUUAUCUGCUUGUUUUUAACACCUUGUGGAUUAGCAUGUGGUCCUGGUAGAGGUUAUGGAAAACGAAGACACCCAAAGAAAUUAACACCGUUGGCUUACAAGCAAUUCAUUCCCAACGUGGCUGAGAAAACCCUUGGGGCCAGCGGCAAAUACGAAGGCAAAAUCACAAGGAAUUCUGACAGAUUUAAAGAGCUGAUUCCCAAUUAUAAUCCCGAUAUCAUCUUUAAAGACGAGGAAAACACAAAUGCUGACAGACUGAUGACACAGCGCUGCAAGGACAAGUUAAACUCGUUGGCGAUAUCCGUCAUGAACCAGUGGCCGGGCUUGAAACUGCGCGUCACGGAAGGCUGGGAUGAGGACGGUCACCAUUUCGAAGAAUCUUUGCACUACGAGGGACGGGCGGUGGACAUAACUACUUCAGACAGAGAUAAAAGCAAAUAUGGGAUGCUGUCAAGGCUUGCAGUGGAAGCAGGAUUCGACUGGGUCUAUUACGAAUCUAAAGCCCACAUUCAUUGCUCUGUCAAAGCAGAAAAUUCAGUUGCUGCUAAAUCAGGGGGAUGCUUUCCUGGAUCUGGAACGGUGACACUUGCAGAUGGGAGGAGGAAACAUAUAAAAGAUCUCAAAGUGGGCGAGCGGGUUUUAGCUGCUGACGAGAAGGGAAAUGUCUUGUUUAGCGACUUUAUUAUGUUUAUGGACCACGAUCCGACAACGAGAAGGCAAUUCCUCGUCAUCGAGACGUCGGAGCCCUUUAAUAAGCUCACCCUCACUGCAGCGCACCUAGUUUUCACGGGGAACAUUUCAGCUAUGAGAGCAACAUAUGCCAGCAAUGUAAAGCCUGGAGACACUGUUUUGGUGUCCGCAGGUAUACACAAGACCCUCGAGAGCGUUACAGUGACGAGGAUUUACACUGAAGAAUACGAGGGCUCGUACGCGCCAGUCACGGCUCACGGAACAAUAAUAGUGGAUCAGGUGCUGGCUUCGUGCUAUGCGGUUAUAGAGAAUCACAAGUGGGCACAUUGGGCUUUUGCACCGGUCAGGUUAAGUCACGAGUUGAUGACGUGGAUUUUUCCGGCUCGUGAUUCAAACGUCACUUUUCAGGAGGACGGCAUCAACUGGUACUCAAAUGUGCUUUUUCACAUUGGCUCUUGGCUGUUAGACAGAGACUCUUUCCAUCCACUCGGGAUUUCACACUUGAGCUGAGAUCGCAGCUACAAUAUCACUAUAUGUUGGCAUCAAAUUAACAGACUCAAAUGUAGCCUACCUUUAUUUUCUGUAAGAAAAGCCUUAAAAUGUUAAUUGAAUAAUUUAUUUGAAGCCUAUUGGAUCAUUUGUCUCUGGAAACGUACUGACUGAUUCAAGCAGGAUGUGACUAUUUGUUGAGCUUUUGUUAAACCUACAAAAUAUUACGCACGCACGCACACACACACACACACACACACACACACACACACACACGAGAAAGCAUUGGAUGUACUGUGCUGUAAGCUACAAUGUGCAACCGACUGUUCUAUUUUAUUGGAUACGCAUAGGGUGUUGCUCAAAAAAUAUAUUUUUAUACACAGAUUUGUAUAUUAGAUUUUUUUUUGACGGAUCUAAAGUAGGCUUUUUCCAGAAUCAGAUUUCGUUAUUUUAAAUAGUGCAAAGUACGGAAGUGUGUUAAAUGUAUUUAAAAAGUUGCGAUGUAUCAACAAACUGUUCAUGUCAUUGUGUCGAGUUUGUCAAGUGUCAUUGUUUUGAGCACUGUUUCAACGUUUGUGUAUUUACUACACUAACCGUUUUUAUUUUAAGUGUACCUUUCUUGACAAAAGUAGCCUACUCAAAAUAAA